ACCCGCAGGUGGUAUAUAACACCCACCGAAGAGCAGUUGCAGCAUCAGUUCCACAAGAGCAAUCAGAAGAAUAGGAUGCACUGCUUCACUUGGACGAUUCUCACAGGCCUUUUGGCCCUAACCACAGCGGCGGGGUUGCCCCAAAGACCAAGUGGUGGCUACCAGGAGCAGGAUACUUCGAGGGCCUUCUACUCCUACGGCUACAGUGAUGACAACGCCGCCCGUGCCGAGUACUCCUCCCGAGAUGGCUCCUCCCGUGGCUUCUAUUCCUACGUGGAUGCCGAUGGCAAACUCCAAACGGUUCGAUACGAGGCCAAUGGUCUUCAGGGCUUCAAGGCGGAGGCAAGUAACCAACCCCAAGCUCCCGUGGACGAGGGAAAGGCUCCGUUGCCCGUCACCGAUACGGAGGAAGUGCAGCAGGCUCGUCUCUCGCACCUGAAUGCUCUGCGAGAUGCGCGGGAGAAGGCUUUGCAAGCUAGUUUGCGGGAAGAAGGCGACAGAAGACAGCAGGAACAGGGCAGGAACAACAAUCAGGAUCAGCAAUCGGAGGAACAGAGUCUCAGCGAUGAAGAUGCGGCCAUUCUAGAAAGAGUUCGACUUGAGCUUGCAGCCAUGUUGGCUGAUCGUCAGCGAGCCAGCAAUCUGCAGAGGAGCAGGGAGGAGCAGGAGCAACGACAGGACCAGGAAAUCCGACAGGAUCAGAGGCAGGAGCUGAGACAGGAACUGAGACAGGAUUUGAGGCAAGAACAGCGUCUGGAACAGAAUCUGCGGCAGGAACUGAGACAGGAUCUGAGACAAGAUCUUAGACAAGAUUUGAGGCAAGAAGAAAGACAGGAUCAACGAGACGAUCGACGACAAGAUCAACGAGAAGAUCGACGACUAGAUCAACGAGACGAUCGACGACAAGAUCAACGAGAAGAUCGUCGGCAAGAACAGCGAGAAGAUCGUCUACAAGAUCAGCGUGAAGAUCGACGACAAGAUCUGAGACAAGAUGACCAAACCCGUCAAGAUCAGCGACAAAAUCUGCGUCUGGAUCAAUCCCGUAACCAAGAGUCGAGCAACAAUCGGCAGAAUGAUCGCCAGAUUGAUCGACAACUAUCGAUUUCCGCCGAUCGCAACGCCGAAGAUCUGCGCCUGCGCACCGUUUACUCCCUGGCCGAUCUCAGUUCCAGCAGCUAUCUGAAGCUCGGCGACUUGGCCAGUGCCGAGAAACUGCUCGAGGAUCGUUUGGACAACAGUGAUCUGCGUGUGCCGAUCGGGGCCUACUACACUCUGGUUUCGCCCACUACCAAGUACAGUGUUACCACGCCCACGGAACUGAGAACCCUGCGACCAGUUGCCCUCAGUCGCAGUUUAUUGGUGAGCAAACGCAAUUGAUGGCUUAAAAGAACGGAUCUGGGGAUGGAUAUAGGCCGGCUUAUGAUCGUGAAAAAGAUUGAGUUUGAAAGCAAGUUUGCAGUAAGAUGAACUACAUUAUAUUCGACAU